CGGGCGGGCCCGUCGCCGCCAUGCCGGUGUCCCCAGCGCACACUCGCAAGCCGCAGAGCUACGGGUUGAGCGAUAAUCUGCAAGCAAGGAAGUCUAUUAGCUUUAUUGGUCCAGGAAAAGCAACUCAAGCAAAAGGAUAUGCUGGUGCAAAUCAAAGCAGAAUGGUGAUGUCAAAAACCAUGAUCCUUCCACCAGAACUGAGGACAGAAAAAAUGAAUAUUUCCAGCAUAAAGACGGUUCAGGUAUUUGAUAAUGAUGGUGUUGACGUCACUCCGCGGCCUCUUUACCACCCAGAUCCACUGACUGGUACCGCAAAGCCCAGUAAACUUUUAACAUCACAGGAAGGGUCACUUGGAUCAGAAUUUAUAUCUUCCUACAGCCUUUAUCAGAACACUUUAAACCCUAGUAUGCUAGGGCAGUUUACAAGGUCAGCUAUAGGAAGCAGCACAGUUUCUAAGUCAAGCAUAUCAACAACUGAAUCAAUAGCGGAAGUCUUAGAAGAGCCGUUGUUUAAGCGGGAGAGACUGGCUAGUUUCACAGAGACUGAAGAGUGCAGCUCACAGCACGGCCUGCUCCUGGACCGUGUAAAGCCACCAGCAGUCCAGAGAAACAAGAAAUACGACACCCUGUGUAAGAACAGAGCCGGCAACGACCUGUACGUGGAGAGGAUGAUGCAGACGUUUAACGGGGCUCCGAAGCACAAGGACGUGCAGUGCGACAGGAUCGUGAUGGAGGACAAAGGCAUAAUGUCUACAGCCUGGGAUUUGUAUGAUUCUUACAAUGCUCUGGAACUUCUGUGUUCAUCAGCCAAAAAGCCUUCAAUGGAGCCAGGCAGGGCUGGUGGACACCCUAAGGACCGGGACCAGAGGCCGCCAGGUAGCACUCGAGAAAAGAACAGUGAGGCUAGUUCUCUGAUGGACAUAGAAAAUGUAAUUCUGAACAAGAUUCCGGAAGAUGAGGUGGACCAUUCCGAGGCGAUACUGAAACUGGACAGGUUUCGUCAGGACUUGUUCUUCAUGGAACGGGUUCUCAUGGAAAAUAUAUUUCAGCCAAAACUCGCAGCUUAUCGUCAGCUUCCUGUUUUUAAAGAACGUAAACCUGAAGAAAAUAAGAGCUUCUUAGAAAGUAAUACAGAUGAAGAAGAGGCAGAGGAAGAAGUGAAGAAGGAAGAGGAGGAGGAGACACACAGGGAGGGGUCCACGGUCCCCGCCAACCUGGAGCGGCUCUGGUCCUUCUCCUGCGAUGUGACCAAAGGCCUCAAUGUGAGCAGCCUCUCCUGGAAUAAAGCAAACCCAGAUCUUCUGGCUGUUGGUUAUGGGCACUUUGGAUUUAAAGAGCAAAAAAGAGGGCUGGCUUGCUGCUGGUCGAUAAAGAAUCCCAUGUGGCCAGAACGUAUUUACCCGAGUCCCUUUGGAGUUACUGCUUUGGAUUUUUCCAUCGGAACACCUAACCUUUUAGCGGUUGGCUACUACAACGGCACAGUUUCCGUUUACAACGUACAGAGCACCGUUAACAUCCCAGUCUUGGAUACUAGUGAAUCACCUCAGAAGCAUCUGGGACCCAUAUGGCAACUACAGUGGAUAGAACAAGAUCGAGGCACCACGGGUGAUGACAAGAGAGAAAUAUUAGUUUCUAUCUCCGCGGACGGGAGAAUCUGCAAAUGGGUGAUACGCAAAGGACUGGACUGUCACGAUUUGAUGCAUUUAAAGCGAACCGCUGCUGGCAGCAACAGAAAAGGCUCAGACAAGGAGAAGAAGGGCGAGGCGGCCCUGAUAUCCCGGCAGGCUCCGGGGAUGUGCUUUGCUUUCCACCCCAAGGACACAAAUAUCUAUUUGGCUGGCACUGAAGAAGGUCAUAUUCACAAAUGUUCUUGUUCAUAUAAUGAACAAUACCUAGAUACCUAUAGAGGGCAUAAGGGUCCAGUAUAUAAAGUAACUUGGAACCCGUUUUGUCCUGAUGUGUUUCUAAGCUGCUCUGCAGACUGGGGUGUCAUAAUAUGGCAGCAGGAGAACACCAGGCCAUUUUUGACUUUUUACCCAACUACUCACGUAGUUUACGAUGUUGCCUGGUCUCCAAAGUCCUCCUAUAUAUUUGCAGCAGCAAAUGAAAGUAGAGUGGAGAUUUGGGACCUUCACAUCAGCACUUUGGAUCCUCUGAUUGUGAACGUUGCUAAUCCUGGAAUCAAGUUCACAACCGUCCUCUUUGCCAAGGAAACAGAUUGCCUCCUGGUGGGGGACAGUGACGGCCAAGUUGCUGUGUAUGAACUGAGAAAUAUGCCUGUUGCUCUGGAUUCUGGCCGGGGAGAUGUGAUUAAUGCAGUGCUUGGAUCCAAGUCAAACUAG